UUUUUCAGUAAAUGGAUAUUCUGUUCAGAGGAAGGAAUAUUAUGUUGGAAUGGAGAUGAAAACGUCAAAGAAAAUUGUGUGUGGAGCAUCACUAAUCAGUCCGCGUUAUGUUUUAUCUGCAGCUCACUGCUUCUGCGCUUCUGGGAAAGAGACUUACUGUAAACAAUCAUUUGUUGAAUCCGAUCAUGUUCUAAGUUUAGUGAUGGGUGCAACUAUUUACAACAGGCGGGAUGGAACAAGAACAUAUGAAAUUGAAAGUGUUAGGCAACCAGAAGAACGUAUUAAGUUGUAUAAAAGAGGAAGUCUCGCAGGACCAUUUGAUGCCGCAUUAAUCAGAACAACAGAAUAUGUCAUUUUUGAACCAAAUAAAAUCAUGCCGGUGUGUCUUGGCCGGGUUGGAGAUACCAACAUUGAUGCAUUUGUAACUGGCUUUGGAACUUCUGGUUCCAUAGAUUGGAACACAAUGGCGGUGGCUUGUUGGACUGACCAGUAUGGACCUGCCAUGUUUACUCAAUGUUCCUCAUCAAGGUGUAAAAACACUAAACCCCCUCAAGAUAAGGAAUGUGACAAUUUUUUUGCACAAUAUGGUGGCGCAAAAAACUUCAGGCACAAAAUGAAAUCUGAUGUUGCUGACCUUCCUAGUGGGAAAUGCUAUGCAGUUGAGGGAGCAGGGCAAUUUGGAUGGUGCCAGACGAGGAAAAGUUGGGGAUUCUGUUCUAAACACUGUUCUGAAAAAGGGGUUCGACAAUCUAUGGAUUUGAUGGAAACCUCUCCUAGAAUUCUUUUAGCGGAUGAUUGUGCUGCCAUUGUAGAGAGAGGUAUGCAGUUUGACACACACUGGGAUCUGUGUGGUGGACAAAUAGUAACCAAUGCUCAAGUGGAGAAGAGGUUUAACAAUGCUGGAAAACUAGUUGAAGAAGUAAACAAUGAUUUAUUAAAAGUUGGUGGGUCUGACGCAUGCCAGGGUGAUUCCGGUGGGCCUUUGGUUAAAUAUGUAAAAAUAAAUAGCAGGGGUAAAGUGGUGGAGAAGGCGUAUUUGAUUGGAAUAGUAAGUAGAGGCACAGGGUGUGCUUAUGAGAACCAACCUGGUCUCUACUCCAGAGUUACAUCCCUUCUGCCCUGGCUUGAAGAAUACAUGCUUCCUGAAGAUCAAUGUAUAAAUGUAUAAAAAUAUAAUAGAAUAUUUUAAAUACUAUUUGGAAUCUUGGAAACCUUUCUUUACAUAUUUUUAUGUAAGUAUUCUGAAAAAAAAUAAAAGAGUUUUUAGAUUUGUUAAAA